GCACUGAGAGGGAUGUGGGCUAUAAAGGCUCAAAUAUAGCAUCAACCAAACAAGAAACGGGACAGGCGAGCUCUCUGGGAGCUUUUUGAAAAAACAAUCAAGCCUUAGAGGUGUAAGGAGAAAUUGUUAGGUGUUAGAAAGCUGCGGUUGGAGAUAAAUAUAGGCCUAAUUCUCAGAGUACUAUUAUUCUCCUGACUGACUUGGAGUGGACAAAGACUGAAACUUCAAACUUCUUGCUUUGUCAGUUUGAGAUCAUUCAAUUGAAAGAUCAACCUAACUGGAGUUUUGAGAUACUUUUAGGAGUCAUUAAUUGUCGAGGAGGUUGAAGCAUCAGAGUCAAAAUGUGUUCAGGCGGCUUUGCCAAGUGUCUGGGGAUCAGUCUGAUGCCUCUGGCGAUUGUGUGUGUGCUGUGUAACAUCCUGCUCUUCUUCCCCGGUGGGAAAUCUGUGGAGAGCGAACACAUCACUGAGCAAGUCUUCUACUUUGGAGGCAUUCUGGGAUCUGGAGUGCUGAUGAUCUUCCCGGCUCUGGUCUUCCUGGGUCUGAAGAACAAUGACUGCUGCGGUUGCUGUGGCAACGAAAGUUGCGGGCGGAGAUUUGCGAUGCUGAGCUCCUUACUGUUUGCAGCUGUGGGUGUUGCAGGGGCUGGUUACUCUGUUAUAGUUUCUGCUGUGGCCAUAAACCACGGACCCAAGUGUCUGGUUAACUUUAACGAGACAGUCAAGCACUGGGACACUCCCUUCACUAAUGGUGACUACCUGUCCAACAAAACUUCCUGGACGACGUGUUUAGAGCCGCCUGACGUGGUCAGCUGGCAUCUCUCCCUGUUCUCUGUGCUGCUGGUCAUGGGUUUAAUCCAGAUGGCACUGUGUGCUGUGCAGGUGGUGAACGGCCUGCUGGGAUGUCUGUGUGGGGACUGCUGUGGAGGGGGUGAUGGAGCCGUCUGAGAACUUCCUACAGCUGUGAGAGUCUGCAGGCGGCUGCUUCCUGUAUUUAUUCUUCUUUAUUUAGAGGAUGAGAGUAGUUUCUAGCUUUAUGCCAUAGCUAUAAGAGUUCAUUGAUUACAUUGUGUGUACUAUCUAACAACACUGGUGAAAUGACAAAGCUCUAAUUUAAAAGGUUUCCCAUUUACUCUCUAGCAAACACUAAUGACUCCAUCUUCUCGUUAUUAAAUCUGAAUGUGCAUUUUUUGCUCCAACUAAUUCCAACAGUUAAUGAUUUUACUCCUGCUAUAUAUUAUUGUGUCAGUUAUUGCCCAUUCAGCCAAAUCAGUAAAUAAAGAUUAUUUUUAUAUAUGUAAGAAAAGCAGAUCACACCAUGAAACAGGAUAGGACCAUGCUAUUGCUUUAAAUAUUGUUUUUGUUUUUUCUUAUCUAGUCAAACUUAAACAAAGGGAGCAACAUGUUAAAUAAGUUUCAGAUAAGAUAUUUCUGUCGCAUGACUGCCCCCUGCUGGGCAUUUUGGUGUCGUACGCAUGAGUCUGAUGGGGGUUAAAAGGUCAUAGAGACUAAUCUACAUGUAUCUACAGCAUCUACUACUACUCACUGAUAAAUGUUGCUAUUAAAAUCAAAAGUACUGAAACUGAAUUAUUCUAUUACAAAAUGCUGUUGCAACAGACAUCAGUGCAGUUGUGUUCAUAACAAAUGUGUUAUGGAGGUGUUUAUUUGCAUCUAGGUGUGCCACUGAAAUAUUUUACACUUAAUACCCACUGUAGGAAUGGAUGUAACUGUCAUUGGGCUUUUUUCUCUUCUCUUUUGUACAGACUUACAUAUGUAGGCCUUCUCAUGAGGUACUAACUUGUCUGAUGUUAUUAAAGGUCUUAUUGGUAACAUUUUUAUGUAGAUGAAUAAUUUAAAAAAAAACACAUCCACAGAGCUUUUAGAAAGGUGGCAAAUAAAAGUAAUGUCUUUUCCUAAAAA